UGUCGAUGCUGUCAUAAAACUCUUUUCUCAGUUCGAUUUUGCACUCGAGCAAAUACAGACGGUCGUCGUGCAACAGUGGGAUGCUCUGCACGAUGAUGCUCAGGACUUGGAGAUUCACCAGUUUUAUAUUUACAGAUUUCGCUACACCUUUGCCUCAGCCUUGCUAGUACCACGUGUUCAGGAGCCAGGCCUAGGAGUCGUGUGUUCAUUCCAAGUCCAUUUGCUCGUCAACGUAAGCUUGGACUAGCAAUCGUACGUGGUCUGUUCUUGAGGUUGUGAAAUAAUUCAUCAUGGGAUUGCGCAAUGGUUCCCUCGUCUGCGAUUACUGCUCGAGCACAAUUUUUACAUUCGAGCCGUUUCAGAUCGCAUGGACUGCAAAGGACUCGUCAGAUCCUAAAGCAGGCUUCUCAUACACCACUCAAACUUGGCAGGAGAUUGAUGAUGGGGAAAAUAAAGGAUGCAAUUGGUGUGAUAUUCUUUGGGGAGAGAUUCCUUUCUGGUAUCAGCACCGCAAGAAAAAGGAAUCGCCUAUGCCAGAGGAGACUUUCAAAAUAACUGUACGGUUCGAAAAACGAAAUUCAGAAGAUGAUAUUGUCCUAAAAGUCAUGAUUGAAGACGACUGGUCGCCCAGGUAUCAAGUGCGGUGCGAUCCAGAUGAAAAUGCGGCUGCCUUUGUCCCUGGCAGAAAGCUGGUGUGGCAGGUUGCAUCUCCUCGAGCCUUCAAGCUUGCAUUGGACUGCCUUGCACAAUGCACGCUUCGUCAUGAUUGUCCCAAAUGUCAGGAAGCAAGCCUCCCAACCCGUGUAAUAGACUGUUCGGAUCCAGAACGGCCAAGACUUGUUCUCACUGAAGGCACGCAAGGCUUUUAUGCAGCGCUUAGUUACGUCUGGGGUGAACCGCAACCGCACAGCGUCUGCACCACAAAACUCUCUACGUACCUGGAAUCAAUCGACAUACUCCUCCUUCCGAAAACCAUCAGAGAUGCCAUAUUUUGUACCCACAGUCUCAAUCUCCGUUAUCUUUGGGCCGAUACCUUGUGCAUUUUGCAAGAUUCGGACGAAGACAAGCAGCGCGAGAUUCCGCAGAUGUGCGAUAUAUACCGAUGUGCAUACGUAACAAUCAUCGCAGCCAGCUCGCAGAAAGUCAGCGAAGGAUUUCUCCAUAACCGCAGAAAACCAGUUGAAACACUACUGCCAUUCUGGUGCCCGGAUGGGAAGCUCGGUACCAUUUCAGUUGAUGAAAGUGAUGGGGAUGCCAGGUCAUCCCAAGAGCCAGUGAAUCGCCGAGCUUGGUGUUUCCAAGAGCGCCUUCUCUCCCCUAGGACCUUGGUGUACGCUUCGCACACUCUCCAGUAUCAGUGCCAGACAGCAAUGAACGAAAUCGGAGACAUCUGGAAUUACAUUCCCUCGACAGAACUUGGUGAAUUGCGCUUGCCAUGUAUGAUGAUCUCACGCACACCGUGUAGGACGCUUUCGAGCAAUGACGUAGAGGUGUUGCUGACAGCCUGGCGGAAUGUUCUACACGACUACACGCAACGCGCUGUUUCGGAUCCCUCUGACAGGCUCAUGGCGAUCUCAGGGAUCGCUCAGCUUUUCCAGCGUUGGUGGGGAAGUAGCAAUCGUUACAUCGCUGGGUUAUGGGAACGCAAUUUGUCCUCUGACCUCCUGUGGUACAGAGAUUGCCCAUCUGACGGAAGUCUUGUUACAGAGCGAUUUCUUGCACCAUCGUGGUCUUGGGCUGCCACGAUUGGAUGCGUCGUUGCCGGAUGGGACAAAAAAGUCGGAAACAUCAUAUGGGACGUGCAAUCAUGUGACGCAAUGCCAGUCUCCGGCAAUCAUCCUCUUGGCCAGGUGAAAGGCGGGAGAUUGAUUGUUAGAGCUAUCGUGAGAGAUGUGACCUGGGAUCCCGCAGAGCCCAAGUUGUUUGAGCUAAAGCGACCUUGUGUUUCGGUGGCGGAGACAGGUGAUGAGCCUGAAGAACGCGACGGAGCUUGCAGCGUCCGAAGCUUGCCAGCUUCAGCUGCUCAAGUCGUUGAUACCACUGUUGAUACGGAGCUAGCGGUCAAGGACUCAGACCAAAUCAAAAUUACCACCCUUCCCGGGCCGAAUGCCAAGCCCACUUCUGCUUCUCCGGUAGAACAUGUCGAUAUUCGAAUGUGCAAUGGCGAACAAGGCAAAAAGGGAUCGAAGCUAAUAAAUAUAGGUCAUUCCUUCAUAACAAACUUGUUGAAGUUGGUGCCAUGUCUUGUGCAUCGGAAAAACGCGCAUACCACAGAAACUGCACCCACAAGACGACCUGCUACCUCCCGCCAGAUCACUAGUAACGACACUAAUGGCAAUGACAUUCGGGCGGAAGCGAUGACACCGCAGGACCAUUCAACGAACACGGAGAUGGUUGUGGCAUCGACAGAGGCUAUCGAAAUAGGAUGCGGGGGAGAGUCUGAUGACAUAGGUUCAAACAACCAUGCAAAAAGGUGCCAAUCCAAUGAAGUUACCGUGCCUUCAAAGGGGCGGGAACGACAUAUUGGUUAUGGGUAUUUUGACUAUGACAGUGCAGGAAUUGGCGCUGACAAGGGCAAGGCUGUCGUAGUUGGCUCAGAUAAAGGGGAGAACCCCGGCCACUUAACGGGCUUGAUCGUCGUUCCUGCUGGGAGCGCAGGAGAGUUCCGCCGCGUGGGCAUAUUCCAUGUCGAUGGGAGGUUCUAUGAAGAUGAUGAAGCCCCUUACUGCGAUAUAAAAUCAUGGCUGGAUACACCUAGUACUGAGGUCAUUACGAUAAUUUGAAGUAGGCAUAUUCACUACUUAGCAUCGUAUAUAUUUAUGCUCGGUGUAGUCGCAACGCCAGUAGUAUCUAUGCGUUGUUAAUCGAUCGUUUAUCUGUGGAGAUCAAGUUCAGCGUGUCCGGGGCAUCCUCACUCAAUGGUAGUGGUGAACAGUGAACAGUGUUCACUGUUGAACGGAAAGUCUAAGCCUACUAAUCGUGGGUCUGGCAAAACAUGUCAAAGUCUGCCGAGCGCAAAGUCAGUCCGAAGAUCCGU